AUGUUGACGGCGAGACGGUGGGUCUCUACGCUAGGGUUCACUGUAGCUUCGACGACUAUACUUGCUACCAGUGUUUGCACGACGUCCUCUCGGCGAUAA